UAGUCCCUGUCUAGCGGUCGAAAACUCAGGUUGUUUCAAAUAAAUUAUGUUUGGUUUAAUUCUCUUCGUACUAGCUGUAAUAAUUUACUAUUACGGGUUACGCGAAAGAAAAAACAAACAGAUCUUCAAACCAUUUUAUUCAACACCCACAGUUUUUCCGUUUCCCAUUAUAGGAUCGACUUAUAGAUUACUUGGGAAAAAUGUGUUGGAAGCUGUAGACUGGGGACUAAGAAAUUAUGGACCUUCAGUUUUGGCCUACAUUCCUCACAGGACGUAUAUAACAAUGGUUCCUGAAGAGAUGAAGAUUAUUUUGAACCAUCCUGCGGCGUUGGAGAAGAGUGCUGAAUAUAAUCAUCUCCAAUCGAUCUUCCACAACACUUUACUUUUGGCACCAGUUGAAUCAUGGAGAAAACACAGAAAAUUAAUAUCGAAAAGCUUCAAACAAACUAUAUUAGAUAUGUUUGUUAUCACCUUUUAUGAAAAAAGCUGCAUCCUUAAUAAAAUUUUACUGGAGGGAUCGUACGACAAGGACAACAUAUAUACUCUCUUCGAAAAAUACACUCUUGACGUAUUUUCUGACGCCACCCUCGGAAUCAAAUCCACAUCACUUGAGAACAAGGACGAUAACUAUUUCGUCCAGGCCCUAAGCGAGGCACAAAAACUGGCAGUCGAAAGGGUUGGAAAUUUAAUCAAGAUGAACGACUUUUUGUUUUCGUUUCUUCCUGACGCAAAGGCACUAAAUAACUGUGUGGCCGGACUAAACAACUACAUUGCUGAGAUAAUGAAGAAGAAACGGGAAAGCAAAUUGACAGAAGUCGAGUCGGACAGGUUGCCAGUUUUAGAUUUGCUUCUAAACAGUGCUGAAAAGGAAAAACUCUUGGAUACCUACAUACAACAGGAAAUGAUUUUGUUCGCUGCAGCCGCUACGGACACGACAGCAUACACCACAGCUUACACCCUUUGCUUGCUGGGCAUGCAUCCUGAAAUUCAAGAAAGGGUAUACCAAGAAAUAAUCGAUGUUGUGGGAAAAGAUGGCGACAUCCUACAUACUGAUCUUCCCAAACUGAAGUACACAAAAAUGGCGAUAUACGAGUCCCAAAGGUUACUGCCGUCAAUUCCACUGAUUGCCAGAAAAAUUAAAGAGAAAUUGGAUUUAGGUGACAAAGUAAUUCCUCCUAAUACUGGGGUGAUUUUAUCAUUUUUCCACAUGCACAGAGAUCCUAAUAUUUAUCCUGAUCCAAUGGUAUAUAAUCCUGACAGAUUUUUGCCCGAAGAGAUCGCUAAAAGACCUCAAUACUCCUUCUUGCCCUUCUCUGGUGGUCCACGGAACUGUAUUGGAAUGAAAUAUGCGUCGAUGCUUUUGAAAACUACAAUUGCAAACAUUGUGAGGAAUUUCAGGAUCACCACUAAACACAAAUCGGUGUCCGACUUAAAGCUGAUAUCCAGUAUAGUAAUGACAACUGCUCAUCCACUUGAUGUUACUUUACACCCUAGAUAAUUAUUUAUAUUAUAUUAGUACAUUAUACAUUAUAGUUGUAGUUUAUUUAUAAAUAUCUCUUGUCGUACACACUUGUAAAUUUUUUAAAACAUUAAUGGUUUUAUUAUGUUAUUUUGACGAUCUGCUAUAAUUGUGAUACCAAUUAAGUACAAUCGUCACUUGUAAUUAUUAGGUUUAGUUUUGUUUGUUACAUCACAGUACAUACAUUAAACAUUCACUUAAUAUUAAA